AUGACUCUCUUUGUCCUGCCAAAUGAGCUUCUGCUUGCCAUAGCAGAGACCCAAGACUCCCAAAAUGACAUAAAUGCAUUUGCCAAAACCAGUCGCCGGUGCUACAUUGUCCUAAACUCCUUCCUCUAUGCCCACAACGUCCGGGAGCACCAAGGGAGCGCACUCCAUUGGGCAGCAAACAAAGGACAACUAAGAACAGCCCAAGAAUCACUCCGACAAGGAGCAGGAAUCGAAUCGAAGGACAAGAAAACAGGAAAAUCGCCAUUGAUACAGUCCACUCGCUGUGGCCAUGCAGACAUCGUUGCUUUGCUGUUGGCACAUGGAGCCAACCCGCACGCCAAAGGGGGCAGGGGGUCCCAAGACGCAAUCACAUGCGCUGUGAUCCGCAACAGAGCAGCUGUUGCUAGUAUUUUGCUUGAUAACGGUGUCGAUGUGAAUUCGACCGGCUCGGGAGGCAGCCUAUUGAACCUCGCGGCUCAGAAAUCUCCCCACAGCUGCGAGGCAGUAGCGAGAGUUCUUAUCGAGAAAGGUGCCGAGCUGGAAUCUAUGAAUUUCUCGAAACAGACUCCGCUGCAGGUAGCGUGUCAGUCUGGCUCUGUGGAAGUGGCCCGAUGUUUAAUAGAAAGCGGUGCCGAUUUGGAUAUACGGGAUCAAGAUGGCAUGUCGCUCCUGCAUCUGGCAUGCUUCAGUGGAGUCGAGACCGCCAAGUUGUUGUUGUUGUUGUUGUUGGAGAAAGGAGCCGAUGUCGAGGCGAAAGACGAGAAAGGUGAGACACCACUGCAUGUGGCAUGCUGGAAUGGUCGGGUAGACAGAGCAGCGUUCUUGCUGGAACAGGGUGCAAACAUAGAGGCAAUAUCGUUAAACGGAAACACACCAUUGCUUCGGGGGGUACUCUGGGAGACCACUGUAUACAAAAUCCCAAAUUUGCCCUCGAUAACCGCUCUCUUGUUGGAACGAGGUGCCAAUCCAGGACGGGGAAAUUAUUGCAACAUCACACCAUUGCAUGUUGCGACGUUGAAAGAAAGUUCAGGGCUUUUCAAGAUAUUGCUACAAUACGGUGCCGACCCAGAGCCGAAGACCACAAAGGGCAUGACGCCGCUGCACAAAUUAGCGCAGAAUGGCUCUUUGGACUCCGCAAGGCUUUUGUUACAGAAAGGUGCUGAUGUACAACCAAGGGACAAAGAAGGCAAUACACCAUUGCACAUGGCAGCACAGAGAAAUGAUGUGGAAUUCGUUAAGUUACUACUCGAGUCAGGCGCUGACCGGCUGAUCAAGAAUCACAAGGGUCAAUUGCCUAUACAUCUAUCAUCAGGAGCAGAGAAGGCAGAACAAAAGCAGAGAAAAGUGAUGGAUCUCCUGGAGGCUCAGUCCGAGCACCAACAUUAG